ACAACGUCGGUCGGAUACAGUAAACAAAAAUACGAGAGAAUUCUUCUUUGCAAACUUUAAAAGAAUAGAAAAUUAUGUAGAUCAUGUCAUCAUGAUAAAUCAUGCUACUAUAAAUUGGAAAAUAUGAUGCAACAAAAGGCAAGGAAAUCAUGGCUAGCUCAAGGGGAUGCGAAUACAAAGUUCUUUCAUUCUUGUGUGAAGGGUAGAUGGAGACAGAGUGAAAUAAAUAGUAUCUUAAUAAAAAGAGCAGAGAUUAGGGAGGCUAGUAGAAUGAAAGAGGAAAUCUCUUCCUAUUUUGAGGAACUAUUCUUGGAGGAACAAGAGGAAAGGCCAAAGCUUGAAGGAGUUAGCUUUAAACAAGUCUCGCAGGAAGACAAUGAUUCACUUGUCACGCCUUUUAUAGAAGAGGAGAUUAAGGGAGUGGUAUGGGAAUGUGAUAGCUCAAAGGCUCCGGUUCCUGACGUGGACAAUCCACAAAGGCUCGAGGAGUACAGACCCAUCUCCCUCAUAGGGGUCAUGUACAAGAUUCUGGCAAAAUUGCUUGCUAACCGGUUGAAGAAGGUUCUUCAAGGCACAAUUGGUGAACAACAGAUGGCAUGCCUUAGUGGAAGACAGUUGAUGGAUGGAGUAUUAGUAGCGGAUGAGAUAAUUGAUGAAGCAAAAAACAUGAAGAAGAAAUCAUUCAUGCUAAAGAUUGAUUUUGAAAAGGCUUACGACAAGGAAUGCCUGUCAACAAAUAUGGUUUUGGUGUUGGUUAACGGAAGCCCAACUAGACAAUUCUCGAUUUCAAGGGGCCUUAGACAGAGAAAUCCUCUAUUUCCAUUCUUGUUUCUGAUCAUUGCAGAAGGUCUUAACGGGCUGGUGUCAACUGCAACUAAAAAAGGAUUGUUAAAAGGAGUAGAAGUUGGAAGAAGUGGUUUCAAAGUAACACACAUCCAGUAUGCAGAUGAUACAUUAUUGUUUGGAACAGCAAAAGAGGAAAAUGUUCGGGCUAUGAAAGGCAUGUUGAGAGCAUUUGAACUGGCCUUCGGACUCAAACUCAAUUUUAACAAGAGCCAUAUCAUCGGAAUUGGUGUGGAGGAGGAGUGGCUCGACAAAAUGCCUCUUUGUUGCAAAAUAGGAACUCUCAUUCUUAAAUACUUGGGAAUUCCCAUUGGAAGAAGCUGCAUGAUGGCAAUUUUUUGGAAACCGCUUGUUCAAAUUUUCACACAAAAAAGAUUCUUGUGGGGUGGGACUGAGGAGGGUAAGAGAAUUAAUUGGGUUAGGUGGGAUAAGGUUUGUAUGGAUAGGGAGAAAGGAGGUUUAGGGGUCAAAGACUUAAGGUUGUUUAAGCUUGCUCUAUUAGGUAAAUGGUGGGGGAGACUAUUGAGGGAGGAGAAAGGUCUAUGGAUUAAAGUUAUCUUCGAGAAGUAUGGGAGGGUAGGGGAACUGAGAUUUAAUUGGCUUAGGGAGAACAUCAAGUUCGGGUCAAUCUGGUGGAGAAAUAUGUGCAAGCUGAGUGUAAUAGAAGAAGGAAAAAGAGGUUGGUUAGAUAAAGGGAUGAAUUUAAGAGUGGGGGAGGGGAUAGAUGUCAAAUUUUGGUGGGAUGAGUGGUGUGGGGAAGAAAGCCUUGCUAACAAGUAUCCUAGACUUUACUUGAUCUUCGUAGGGAAGGACAAUAGGCUACCUCAAAUGGGAGAGUGGCUUGAAGGCACAUGGCAUUGGACUCUAAAAUGGAGAAGAAGAUUGUUUAGCUAGGAAAAAGAACAGAAAGCAGAACUAAUAGCUGAUAUCCAGAAAAUAAAAAUAGAACAAGGUA